CUCCCCCGCUCCCCUCUCGUACCCCCCACCCCACCCCAAGCCACCCGCGGCUCCACUCGCCCAGUCCGGCCGCUCCAGUCCGGAUCUCGCUGUCGCCCGAGCCGGGUGCGAGUUGCAGCAGCUGGAGAGGAGGCGGCAGCGACUGGCCUCGGUUCCCCUCGGCCGCCUCGUCAGCCCGAGGUUGGCGGGGAGAGAACGGCGCAGCAGCCCCGGGAGCCCCUCCGAGGACAAUGCACCCGGCGCUGGGCCACCCUCGCGCGCUCUCGUCCGCGCCCGCCUCCUUCCCGCCGCCCCCCGCCGCCCGGCUGCAGCCCCUUUUCCUCCGGGGGGGCUCCUCCCGCGGCCGGAGAGGCUCGGGCGACAGCAGCACCAGCACCAGCCGCGGGGGGGGCGGCGGCAGACGCGGCGGGGGCGGCGGCUCCCCGAGCAGCAGCACAGGCGCCGAGCGAGAGGACGACGACGAGAGCAUCAGCAUCAGCAAGCCACUGGUGCCCGCCGCCGCCGCCGCGCUCCCGGGGCCCCCGGCUCAGGGGGGCGCCCCCCCCACCGCCGCCGCGCCGGCCACCGCCUCCUCCACUUCCACGCCCACCUCCUCCUGCAGCAUGACCGCCGCGGACUUCGGCGCGGGCGCCGCGACUGGGGCCGUCGGGGGUCCCGGGAGCCGCUCGGUAGCGGGCGCAGGCGGCACCGGGACCGGUGGCGGCACCUCCUGCUGCUCCUGCUGCUGUUGCUGCUGCGGCCGCCCAGCCCGGCCCGGCCGCAGGGGUCGGCGCCACGGCUGCUCGCCAAGUCCCGGAUGCCACUGGGGCUACCAGGCGCUGUCUGUGGUGCUGCUGCUGGCUCAGGGCGGUCUGUUGGACCUGUACCUCAUCGCCGUCACCGACCUGUACUGGUGCUCUUGGAUCGCCACCGACCUGGUGGUGGUGGUGGGCUGGGCCAUCUUCUUCGCCAAGAACAGCCGGGGCCGUCGGGGCGGUCCAGCGAGCAGCACGCACAACCACCAUCAGCUCCACCACUCUGCGCCGCCUCUGCACCUACCGGCUGCGGCGUCUGCGGGGGCCGGGGCCAAGGCUCGCGGGGGCCGAGGAGGCUCCGGCAACUCCGGGGCCGGGCCGGGGACAGCCGGGGCUGCGGGCGAGUUCGCUUUUGCAUACCUGGCCUGGCUCAUCUACUCCAUCGCCUUCACUCCCAAGGUUGUGCUCAUCCUGGGCACGUCCAUCCUGGACCUCAUCGAGCUGCGAGCGCCCUUUGGCACCACGGGCUUCCGCCUCACCAUGGCGCUGUCCGUGCCGCUGCUCUACAGCCUGGUGCGUGCCAUCAGCGAGGCGGGUUCGCCUCCGGGCUCGGCGGGUCCCCUGCUCCUGCAGCCACAGCAGCAUCGCGCUGCAGGCUGUUUCCUGGGCACGUGUCUGGACCUGCUGGACAGCUUCACGCUAGUGGAGCUGAUGCUGGACGGCCGCGUGCCGCUUCCCGCGCACCUGCGCUACCUGCUCAUCGCCGUCUACUUCCUCACGCUUGCCUCCCCAGUGCUCUGGCUGUACGAGCUGAACACCACCGCAGCAGCUCCGUCCUGGGGCCAGGCCUCCGGGCCUGGAAGCUGCAGCCGCCUUUUGCGCUUGCUGGGCGGCUGCCUGGUGGACGUGCCCUUGUUGGCGUUGCGCGGCCUCCUGGUCGUGAGCUACCAACAGCCGCUGUCCAUCUUCAUGAUCAAAAACCUCUUUUUCCUUGGCUGCCGUGGCCUGGAGGCCUUGGAGGGCUGCUGGGACCGGGGGAGUUGGGUUUCCCCAAGUCGGGCCAGAAGCAGCUAUGGUGCUCCUCCCUCCGCCCCACCACCACCUCCUCCACCGCCACCUCAGGGAGGCUCCCAGCGGGGCCACUUGGAAAAUGAAGGGGGUCCUCAUGGCUAUGUCAACACUCUAGCUGUGGCCUCUCAGAAUUGAAAGAGGUGACGGGCAGGGGCUCUGAUCUCGGUUUGAGAGUUUUUGGCCCCCUUGACUGUGUUUUUACUGUUGUUAAGGCUAAAGGUGAAAUCUUCUGCACCCAAUGGGUAGAGACUAACUUGGAGGGAGACCAGCAAUAUAUCGUGAGGGAGGAGGGUCCGUGUCCAUCGUGGUCCUUCCCCAUAGUCUUGCCUGUCCUGACAUACAAGGGGCUGGAUACAUGUACCGCCUGCUUUUCUUGCCUUCAUGCUAUGGGGGAGAGUGGAGGAAAAGGUGUUUUAGGCAGAGAUGGUAAGCUUAGGUUGACGUGUGCGUGUGUGCGUGUGUGCAUGUGUGUGUGUGUGCGUGUGUGUGUGUGUGUGUGUGUGGUGUGUUUCUGGGUGUCGGUCUCAUGCCCCUGGCAGUGGGAAGCAGAUCUAGGGAGGCCUUGCUGCCACCACACGUGACCCCACCAUCCUUCCUGCUCACCCGGCGUCGUCCUCACUCCUGCUCCUCUGUUCUUAGCUUGGGGAGAAGACGGUCUCUGCUGUAAGGACCAAACAGCACCCUUCCUUGGGUGAGUGUGUAUUUCUACCUCUGUGCUUUUAAAUUUCAUUGCAUCACACAUUGAUGCUGCUCGGAAAAAAAAGAUUAAACCACUCAGAAGUUGCAUUCAACAUGGCCACUGGAUCCCUUUGGGGUUUGGUACCAGAUAUUACAGGGUCUGUGGAGUAUCAGCCAUUGGCUUGCUCUGUUUCGGUUCCUCCUGCACAGGACACCUGUCCUCUUGUGUUGGCACUGGCUGGGUAGGAACCGGUUUCAGAGUGACUGCUUUAGUGGGUUCAAAGGGAUGUGAGGUCAGGCCCCUUAGGGACCCUCGGGAGCACUACCUGCUCCAUUACAGAGCUUCUUCCUCUGCUCUGGUCUCGUCAGGGAGGAGAAGGCACUCUGUGGGACCCUCCUGCCCAGUCUUCCCCCACAGGGUCCUCCCGGGGAGGCUUUCUGCGGUGGCUACUCUAGUCUUGACAAGAUGUCACUCUUGGAGUCUCUAAGGCACAAUACUAUUCUGGGGGGGGUCAAGGGUCUGAAACCUAGGGAGCAAGGCCAGCACAUGCUCACCCCCACAAUGGGAUUGGGGGGCUUUAGAAUUUUGGUUCCCUUUCCUUCUCUUGUUUUGGAUGUUUUCUGUGAUGUAAUGAGCCUAGACAAGGUACCAGAAGACAUGAUCUCUAGUUCUGCCUCUUACUUGCUAGAUUUGAAUGCCAUGUCACUCUUACUUUCUAGAUUUGAAUGCCAUGUCACUUUUACUUUCUAGAUUUGAAUGUCAUGUCACUCUUACUUUCUAGGCGUUAGUUACCUUUCUUUCUUCCAUUUAUUUAUUCAUUAUUUAUUUAUUUAUUUUUGGUGUUUUGAGACAGGGUUUCUCUGUGAAGCCCUGGCUGUCCUGGAACUUUAUUUGUAGACCAGGCUGACCUCGAACUCACAGAGAUCCACCUGCCUCUGCCUCCUGAGUGCUGGGAUUAAAGGUGUGUGCCACCAGGCCCAGCUUCAGUUACCUUUCUAGGGUGGUAUUCUUUGAGUUUGGGGCUUGAAAGCUCUAGACAUAAUGCUGCCAUUAGAGUCAGACAUAAGACGAGCUAUCCAGGGUGUACUUGAGGAUGGCUCUGCUUCCGCCUUGGGAGAGCUGAAGGGAGGUUUGCUGUCAACAAGGCUUUGCAGGGAUGGUUGAUGCUGAUGUCCUCUAAAGCCCACAACACAGGGGCAGGCCCAAAGUGCCAAGUCACUGACUACUAACUCAGCAGCCAGGCCCAAGUCCCUCAUGCCCUUUGGCUCUACGAGGACCUUCUGAGAAUCGAAGGCUGCACAGGGCCUCUUUCUCAGCCACCUGGGGCUGUGGGCUGAGGAUGUCGUUUUGUGGAUGGAGACCUGAGCGGCUGAACUUGGCUAGAGCGCUGGGGGCCUGCUCAGCUCUUAGAGAGGGCCGUGUGGAGGAUGUUUACAGCCAAUGUGUCCUUCUCCCUCAGACUCUCGCUCUCAGCCAGUGCUGCCUGGCUGCUUUGCACGAUACACCUGCCUUUCCCCUCGCCCUGGACGACUCCUCUUCUGAUUUGCCUCAUGGUCCUGAACCCAUGGAUGGGGCUGGAGCUGCCCGCUGUUCUGUAUCUCUUCUCCAGCCUCGCUGGGUUUCCCGCUACCUAAUUUCAAUGACUGGGAAAAGAAAUUCUGUCUGAGCCAUGGCCGGCUCUGGCUGGCCCCAAUCCAGCCUCCACUGUGUGACUGCUGUCUACUGCUGAGAGGCUGCCACUGGAUUUAGGAUGGAAGUUGCCAUUUCCCUAGUACAUCAAGGCACAUGAUCACAUGGCCAGUUGUGACAGAGGCCAGGACUGACGAGGGCCUAGUGAGGCCCAGCACCUCUCCAGCGUGUCUUCUGUGAGGGCUUUGUGCUCAGGGGCUGGCCCCUUCCUUCUGGAGUAUUCAUUUUGUGUCUUUUCUGAUCAUUCUCCUGUCCCAUUUGCACAUGACCUUUAAGCCCACCGCCCCCCUUCCUUGCUGCCUAUGGUAUCUGUAGAUAGGGAUCAAACUUGAGAAGUCCCCAGGGUGUCAUGACCAGGAUAGCACACUGCCCUGAGGCUUGUGCCAGAAGAAUGCAUCUUGAAGAAGAAGCUUGGGCUCAGAAUUUAGCCCUGCCUGCUUCUAGCAUUCGAGUAUGGAGGGGAGGGCCUAUUAGUUCCAAAUGGCCUCUGUUUUUUAAAGUGAGUUAAUUAUUUUGCAAUGCUGAGGACCAAACCCAGGGCCUCAAGCAUGCUGGACAAAUGCUAGCCAACCUUCUGAGCUGUAUCUCUGACACAAGGCUUAUCAAUCUGAAGACUGAGCUCUCUCUAAAGACAUGCACCCUGCCUCUUAAACAUUUCUCUGUGUGUGGGGUUUCACUCUGUUCCCAGGGCUGUCCUAGAAUCUUGGGGCUCAGGUGGCCCUCUUGCUUCAGCCUCUCCAAAGGAAACAGGUGUGCAGCGCUAUGUCCAACCAAGGCAGUUCCUGUUCAACAUGCCAGGAACCGGGCCCCGGUGUGUGGGGCGCAGAGCUGGGAAUUUGAGCCCAGAAGGAAUAGAGAAGCGACACCUUGCUAGCAUUUAUCACAUUUUUUUCUCUUUUUAAAAAUAAAACCAGACUCUGUUCUGAAAAUAAAAACUUGAGACUUGU